UAUGAAGAUGUGAUUGUGUUCCCAUGCCCAUCUAUACAUUUAUGUAUGCAUCCAUUAGCAAAUAUAUGUGUUUACAGAUGCACAUAUUAAUGUAUAGCCAACAUAAUGGAUGCAAUCGUGAUAAACUGCACCUAUUUUGAGAAAUGAAUAAUCUGCACCCAUACAUGUCUCCAAACAGCCAUCUCAAGUAUGCAUGGUAAACUUUUGCACCAACCAACUUGGAGAUCUCCUAACUACUCCAAAUUCUGAUAUGAUCUUGACAAAGAACAGCCAACUAAAAGCUUGUUUCUAUCUAAAUGUUUCUCUCUACCGACAUUCAUACCAGACCCUUCUAUCACCCACUGACUUCCAACUCAUUCAACAAUCAUGAUGACAAGAUCUUUACUUUUAUCCUGUUUAGAUGAUCCUAUUCUCUUGCUUUAAAACCCUAUUUCCCUUGCAUAUCUAUAUCUCUCUUUCUAUUUGAUCCCUUAUAUCAACAAAAGCAAUCUAAACAUCAAGCUGUUUGAAGAAAGAUCAAAAUGAGGUUACUAGGUUGGAUGCACAAUAAAUUACGGCAUACUAGCACGCCGCCAUUCAAGGAUUUGACAAUAGGGACCUAUUAUUCUUGUCUUUCAGCAACAACAUCCCCUGACGAGAAAGUCCACCAUUCAGGACCAAGGUUUGACUCUAGAUACAACAAAGGAGGAAAAAAUAUAUCUGAAAUUGAAGCCAAGGUAUUGGAUGCAAACUAUGAAGAUGAAACCUCUACAGCCAUGUCUGAGCUUUUUCAUGGCUUUCUUGCAAUUGGAACUCUUGGUUCAAAACCAAUCAACAGUGAGCCGGCAACACCAACAUUUCCAUUGUCUUUUGAAAAUAGUGUAGAUGAAAAAACAGAGGUGACAGAGAAUGAAUUGAAUCUUCUUAAUGAUGAACUAGAAAAAUUUCUUGAAGCUGAAGCUGAAGAAGAAGGUUUCAAUGAAUCAUUGGCAAGGAGCAGUUAUGUAAGCACUAUUACACUCAGCGGCAUGCAAAUGGAGGGAGCAAAUACUGAAGAUAAUGGAAAGACAGCACUAUUUCCCCUUCAAGAAUACUUGUUUAACUCAUUAAUAGAACUUCCGGAAACAGGAGUUGAUGGAAAGAAGGAAAAGGCAUCACUUGGAGAGAUGUUUCAAAGAACAAAGAUUACAGAGGAUAUUUGUCCAGAAGUGGAGGGGAAUGAGAAGAUGCAUGCAAAGCAAGCACAUAAGCCUGCUAAACACCUCAUCAAGAAGAUACUGAGAAAACUUUAUGCUUCAUCAACAAAAUCGGAGCAUGCUGCCAGUAAUAAUGCCGCCAGUUUUUUUUCAACCAAGAAAAAGUUUAACAAGGUUCUAAGAAUGUUUCAUAGAAAAGUUCAUCCUGAAAACCCUAAAGCUGAAAAAGAAUUCAUCCAGUCACAGGAUGAAGAACAUAUAAAGUUCUCUCCAGGAUUAAAGUCAAUGGAAGAGAUGCCAUGCUACAAGAACACCUUGAAUCUAUCACAGUAUGUUCUGAGUGGCAGUGAUUCAAGUGGAAACCGAGAACACUGGAUCAAAACAGAUGCAGACUACUUGGUACUGGAGCUGUAGGGGACGAGCUAAAAUAGAGGUGCAAUGUGGUGUCGACUGAUAUUACCUAUACUCUUGUGUAUUGUGAGUGAUUGGUUAAUGACUCAAGUAACUGGAAAGAAUCUUAUUUCCCGUGUAUUUAAAUGAUUGUGGCCUGUGGGUGCUAAAUAUCAUGUAAACUUCAAAUUCGCAAACAUGAUUUGAAUUAUAUGUUAGUGUCAUUGAUGUUGUAAGGAA